UUCGGUGAUAAUCAUAAUGAUCGAGAAAAGAGUGUAUCGUAAAAUUGCCAUCGAUGUGGUGAGCGUUUGUGUCUUGGCAGUGCCCAUCCUCGUUUUCAUAACGGUAAUGAAACCGUAUCACCGUGGCUUUUUCUGUGACGACGAGAGUUUGAUGCACCCGUUCAAAGAAGACACGAUACCCACGUGGCUGCUGGGUGUUAUUGGUCUUGGCUUACCUAUUAUUUGUGUACUGACAAUCGAGGCUUUACUGACGAAGACCAACAAGGGUGUGAUCUUGCCUAAGGAUGUACUCUCCCCCAAAAUCCGCCCGUAUCUUGAGAGAUGCUAUGAUAUAAUCCGGGUGUUCAUAUUUGGAACUGCUGCGACUCAGUUCCUGACUGAGAUUGGGAAGUUCAGCGUCGGUCGUCUGCGGCCACACUUCUUUGACGUCUGCAAGCCAAACAUCACCAAAUGCACGUCUACUCUUGGCUACGUCACGGAUGACGUCUGUGAAGGUACCGACAUCAAGAAAAUUCUUCAUGCUAGGCUGUCGUUCCCAUCAGGACAUGCGUCAAUCUCAAUAUUCUGUAUGGUAUAUCUUAUGGUGUAUUUACAAAUACGACUAAAGAUCCAGGGAGCUGACUUAGCCAAGGCAGUGCUGCAGGUGGUCGCCAUUACGCUUGCCAUCUUCACCUGUCUCUCUAGAAUUUCAGACUACAAACAUCACUGGGGCGAUGUUCUAGGUGGGGCCUUAUUGGGGUUCGCAGUUUGUGUAUUGGUUGUGUGGUGUCUCUCAGUCUUGGUUCCUGAUGUGAGUCUGCAGACGAUUUUGCUGUCGAUUUCUGGUAAUCAGAUGACACAUUACAGACGUACACACCAAGAAAGCUCAGAGUCUCAGGGCAGUGAAGGAAUGGAUGGCUUGACUGGUGUUGCAGUAAAUAAUUAGUAGCGGACUUACGAGUGGCACUGUAAGGGAUGUAUAGUGGGAAGUGAGUUUUCCCCAAAUAUGGGUCGUACCUAAUCUAAAACGGCAAGGGAGCAAUAAAAAAUAAACCAUGUCACAUUAAUAUGGGGAUUUUUUUCCAGUUGUUUUUAGCUAAAUAUUUGGGUUUUUUCAUAUUUGUUUUAGUGGGUGGGGGUGCCUCUGAUCUCCGCUAGGAUUUGCAUUGCCUAAGGAUUUGGUCCUUGCCCGUUUGGUUGAAGGGAGUCGUAAUCAACAACAUUUUUUUUUCAUUCAAUAAGCCAUUGUCUUUCAGACCCCAGAUAAUACUAACAGUGAAAUACAGUACCGUGUAUGUCGAGUUGUCAUGUAAGGUGUAUCUCGGUAGGUACGAGGGUGAAGAGCAGAUUGUGUUGGGUUAUUUGUUUAAAUUUCAGGAGGGAGGAAAUUAGUUUUUGCCUCUGAGCUCCAGACUACACCGCUAAAAAAAUAUAUCAAAAUUUGGAAAUGA